AUGGCAAUGGACGAAGCACGGUUCGGGGCAUAUAUAAUAUAUAUAUAUAUCCCCGGAACCCACGAAGGUCAUCUCCUUGGCUUGACCAGUUAUCCUACCGAUAAUGCCACCGUUGUCACACCUAGCACUGAGCUCCGCAUGACCUUCUGUCAAGACAAGAAGGCUGAGGGAAAUGCCGAACUGGAGAAAGAGAAUGGAGAACACACAAACGAUGACAGUUCCGAAGCCGAACAGGAAGAGGCGGAAGGUCAUGAGGAGUCUCAGCAGAUUAUUGAGACAGCCACCACCACCCCAGGCGUUCCUGAACCUGCUGCUACCUUGCAAUCAGCCUCUCCCGAAUCUGACCAAGCCCUUUCUGCUGAAGCCAGCAGCGACUCUACUGCUCCUGCGCAACCAAUCUCUGAACACACCCAAACUUCUGCCGACCAUCCCACCAUUCAGCCUAUUCCCGUCCAGACUCUUGGGCUCAGUUUCCAGGCAUCCGUGACAAGGUCCCCAACCCCGAGCAGUGGAGGUAUCCUCUUGCUUGAAGGCGCUCCUGGAGUAGGCAAAAGCCAUUUCGACUGCCAAUUCCUCAAACCUUUCCUCACCGUCGACAAACCCGGUCCAAUCCUUCUGACCGCAAGCAGUAACCGAGCUGUCGAAGUGCUCCUGAAGAAUGCAUGGACGGCAGACAAGCAGUUGGUUGAUCAAGGCAAAACAAAGUCUGGGAAAUGUUUCCUUUGCCUCCACUCCACUACCUUCGAGAAAAGCAUCCGAUCUCGCCACAUCCGCACAGCUAUGGAGAAGGAUCCCAACGCUCGUCCUGAUAUUGAAGAGCGACCUCGACACAAUCAUCCGCCGACUGUUUGA